CGCUGCGGGAGGACGAGUGAGGGUGUCUGCUUCAGCACGUUUUCAUAGGCCUCUCUCUCUCUUUCUCAACACAAUGCCGCCAUGCUUAGUUUGGAUUUCACAAGAAGGGGAAGCAGUCAAUUUUGUCGAUGGUGGUGUCGAUCGUUUUCCAGUCUCAUGCAUGCCCGCCAAGCGUUCGACAAAAUUCCCCAUCCAAUUUCUCCUUCAGAGAUCAACUGCACCAUGGCUUCCUUCAGCCGAGCCAGAGAUUUCGGUGGCCUUUUCGACUUGUUCACCCGUACGAGAAGAAGUCCUGGAGCUCGCCCAAGUGCAUGCUUCGAUUUCAUCACCUUAUCCAUCCUCCUUACUGCAUGCCGUAGGAGCGUAUCUCUGCUCGAUGCCGGACCCCAAGUCCAUGCCUUUGCGAUUGUCUCAGGCUUUGAUUCCGAUGUUACUGUAUGCAAUUGCCUCAUGAACAUGUAUGCAGGCGCUCAGUUGUUCGAAGAAUUUCAGAGGGUUUUCAAAGCAAUGCCAUCGAGAGAUUUGGUCUCUUGGAACACGGCCAUUUCUGUGUACGCUAGGAAUGAACGCAGUGACGAAGCUCUGCGCCUUUCACUUGAAAUGCGCCGUUUAGACUUUGUUUUUGACAAAGUGACAUUUACGAGCGUCCUUACUGCUUGCUCUGACCUUCAAGCACUUCGUUUUGGCAGGCAAAUUCAUGCGCUCGUAGUGCUGUUCGGGCUUGAACUGGAUGUAUUCGUCCGCAAUUCGUUGAUCACUUUGUAUGCAAGGUGCGACAGCAUUGACGAAUCGAGGGACAUCUUUGAUCAAAUGGUUGAUCGGGAUAUUGUUUCUUGGAAUGCUAUGGUUUCUGGGUAUGCCCAACAAGAUCAUUGUAGUGGAGAAGCGAUCAACGUCUUCUUAGAGAUGGUGAAUCAUGGGGACGACGUUGGAUUGGACGACAUCUCCUUUGCUAGCGUCCUGUCUGCUUGUAGCCAUGAACAAGCUUUGGAGCUUGGGCUGCAAUGCCACGCUUCAAUUAUUAAGAGGGGAUGCCAUGAUUUUGUGAAUGUGUGCAAUAGUUUAAUGUCUCUGUAUGCAAAAUGUGACAUGAUGGAGGAAGUGAACAGAGUGUUCUAUUGCAUGGCUAAUCCGAAUGUCGUUUCAUGGACAUGUAUGAUCACAUUGCAUGAAGCGAAAGGGUUCGGCCUCUUUAGAGAUAUGAGAUUGGCGGACACUCAACCUAAUCAAGUAACUUUUGUGGGGCUGAUCAAUGCUUGUAGCUCUGACCAAGAGACACGGAUGGUUCACGGUCUUGUUGUCAGCACGGGCUUCUUCUUGGAUGUUAAUGUGGCCAAUAGCCUCAUCACUAUGUAUGCUAAAUUCAAGGACAUGGAAGCAUCUGUAAGAGUAUUUGAGCAAAUGAACUAUAGGGAGGUUGUCUCGUGGAAUGCUUUGAUUGCUGGAUGUGCUCAAAAUGAGCUCUACCAUGAAGCUCUUGAAUGGUUUUCUCUCAUGGACGAACAGCCCAACCAGUUCACUUAUGGUAGUCUUCUUAGUGCUUGUACUGCCUUUUUAUCACUAGGCCAUGGCCGCCAAUUCCAUUGCGGGGCGAUCAAACAUGGACUUAAUUUUGACAUGUACGUGGGAAGUGCAUUAGUUGACAUGUAUGCGAAAUGUGGAAGUAUUGAUGACGCACAGCAGUUUUUCGACGAGAUGCCCCAACGGAGUGUCGUCUCAUGGACAGUGAUGAUCUCUGGACAAGCACAACAUGGGAACUGCUAUAAAGUAUUACAGCUGUUUAAGAGGAUGGAGGGUGAGGGGGUGCAGCCUGAUCCAGUGGCAUUCCUUGCCCUGUUCUCUGCGUGUGGGAGAGCAGGCCUUGUUGAAGAAGGUCGCCGGUAUUUCGAAUUGAUGAAAAAAGAAUAUGGGAUUGAUGCAACGAGAGAGCAUUUGUCAAGCAUGGUGGACAUGCUCGGUAGAGCAGGAAGAGUGGCUGAGGCUGAGGAGUUUAUCAGGAAGAUGGCAUUGGAGAAAAGCAUCACAGCAUGGCAGAGCUUGCUUGGAGCAUGCAGGAAGUAUGGAAACAUGGAGGUGGGCAGAAGGGCAGGUACCGCAUUGAUGGAAUUGGAUCCAGGGGACUCUGCUACUUAUGUUUUGUUGUCCAAUAUAUAUGCAGCAGAUGAGAGGUGGGAGGAGGUGGCAAGGGUGAGAAAAGUGAUGAGAGCAAAAGGGGUGAAGAAAGAGGUGGCUUGCAGUUGGGUGGACACAAAAGAUCACACCCACAAGUUCACCACGGAUGACAUGUCCCAUCCAAGGGCAGAGGAGAUAGUGGAACUCGUGGAGAACUUGUCCUUGGAGAUGAGAUACCUGGAGAUUGGUGAAACAGCAACAAAAAUCUUCCCUGACGUCUUUCUUUAACAUAGAUAAUUUUGCUGCCCCUCCUUCAUCUUGGCAAGUGCAUCCAAUGCCAAUUUUCCCAAUAAAUCCACAGUUCUAGGAUUCAUGACAUUCCUAACUGGCCCCUACCAGGGUGAAGAAGCCUUUUGGGGCAGCUUUCUAAUUGAGAUAAUUAAAGAGGCAUGAUUGAAAUUGCAAUUCCAAUUGCAGUAUGACGUAUCAGAAGUAGAUUACUGGACCGAAUUUUUUUGUAUGAGGUCAGGCUGAGGGAAUACUCCUGUCAGAUUAGCAUACACAAGCAGUUCCACUCAUAUUCACGCCGAAUUCCGGUUUGGAUGCCCUCAAAAGGCAGGCCGUUUUAAAUCCAAGCAAUAACAUAAAAGAAUGCUGGCUUCAUGUCUUAAAGCACAUCAAAAUCUCGACAAUAAUCCAGCGGACCAUUUCCUCUGGAAAUAUCUCUUCAGAAGAUUCUACUAUUAGUUAAUGAACAGUGGAACUUCAGCUUCGAAUGCUUUAUGCAAAUGGUGCUUCCUUGAUAGCAUUUUUUACAAAAAGUCUCCUACCAUAUUUCAUUUUACAGAAAAACUUAUCUGGUUGAUUUCUAGGCGUUUUCUUAGAACUUGUUCAUGCAAAUUCUGCUAGAGACGAUGGACGUAAAACGCCACAGGUUUUGGUGUAUGUAGUUCAAAUAUCUGUUGUCCAGAUAAAUGUAUGUAAAUUGACAAUUGCCCCAAGUAAGUAAUAUUAUUAAAACA